GAAGAACCCACUUCCUUGUUUUUAACCAGGAGCAGCAAUAGAAGUUAGGAGCUGUUCAAAAUGACGUCUCUGGGGCGCUGCCUGGAAUCCGGACUCAAUUUCAUAGAGUUUCUGGGAGACAGGAAAUCCAUAACAAACAAAGAAAGGCUUCGAGAAAUCUACAACCUGGAAUUUAAGGGCAGACAAGGAAUAAAAGACCCAAACUUUUCCAGUGUUGUUCAUGCUCUUCUGCAAUUCAACAAAGCUUAUGCAAGAAAGGGCCACAUUUACAUAAAUGUUGGACCUAAGGCUCAAGUCCAGAGGAAGAGGCCCCGGGGCCCUCAGCGGACCAGCGGCCCUGGCCCUCAGGCGUCAGCGGAGACACCCGCACGGCGCCAAGCAGCGGCCCCGGCCCCCGUGACCCCUGUGGUGCCGUCCAAGAAGAAGCUGGCCACAGAAAUCCUUCACAAGCUAAAAGUGAACAGGAAGGCGCUGACAGCUAACAGGUGGGGCAUUGAGAUCACAACGGUCCCCCUGUCAGUCAGGGGCAAAGUUGAGUUCUUGGUGGAGCAUCUGAAGGAGUACAUCGUCAGGUUCACCAUUUUAAACAAGGCCACGCACUGCACCCACUUCACCCACUACACCGCUCUGCACAAGCUGCGCUGUUUCACUCUGGAGGACGAGAGGAGGGUGACGAGGGCCUCUCCCAUAUUCCUCUGUCCUGGAGAAAGCUAUGAUGUUGUGGUUCGGUGUAAGCUGACCCACUACGGCUUCUUCCCUGCAACUAUGUACUUUGAAUUCUGCCCGGAUCUUCCUGGAUCUAAGCCUUUCUGCAUUGUGAGGGAGAUGGAAGUCGUAGCCAGGACACCACUGGCUGUGGAGCUGGGACCUGUUGCUCCUUACACACCCUUCAAGGUUUUCACGCGAAAGCAUUUUGACACGGUGAUAGUGGAAGGAGUGCCCCCAGAAAGCUCUGCUGCCCAGAAGACAAAAGUGAAAUUAGGACACUACAACUACCCUAAUACCUUAAAAGUACUGGCUGUACGAAAGAUGGAGGACUCAGAGAACCUCUCUAAAUCUGCCAGGCAGAAACUUGUAUCAGUGAAGAAUCUCCUCAGUUGUUCCCUCAAGAUGAAGAACUACAAUCAUCGAUUUCACCUCCUGCUGCAUCUGGAGGAGUUACAAAUGGAGAUGGACAUAAAGAAGUACAACAUGCACAAUCAAACCAUGACCAAAGACCAAAGAAGCAGCAACCUGCUUAUACUCGAUGUUCCUGGUGUUGCAGAGAAUCGACCAUCUGUUCUACGAGGAGACUGCAUCAGGGUGUCCAAAUCCGAGGACACGGUCCCUCCGAUCACUCUGUACACUGGAUAUGUUCACAGAGUAGAGCUGGACAAGGUCAAACUGGGCUUCUCAAAGACGUUGUUGCAGACGUUUAUCAGCAAUAUGAAGUUCAACGUGGAGUUUACCAUCAAUCAGUUCCCCCUGAGGCUUCAGCACCGGGCUGUUGACUUGGCAACACAGCACAAGCUUGGAGAGGUGCUCUUCCCAUCUGGUGCUGCUGUGGCUCAUCUCAUCAUGCCUAAACUCAGAAUGUUUAACCAGCAGCUGGAGAACAACCCGGAGCAGCACGCUGCCAUACAGCGGAUAGUAGCUGGCUCAUCGAAGCCUGCCCCUCAUCUUGUGUUUGGGCCACCUGGAACCGGAAAGACGUUCACUCUGGUUGAAGCUAUGAAUCAGGUCAACAGGGCGGACCCAUCAGCUCGCAUCCUUGCCUGUGCUCCCUCCAACAGCGCGUGUGACCUGCUCUGUGAGCGGCUGAUGGUGCACAUGGAUCCUCAUCAGGUGUACCGUCUGUACUCUAGCAGCCGAGACCCGAAGUCUGUCCCCCAGAAGCUGCUGAAACACUGUAACUGGGACGAGAGACAAGAGUGCUUCGUUUUUCUAAAGGAGGAAACUUUAAUGAAAUACAAAGUCAUAGUUACAACAAUGGUCACAGCUGGCAGACUUGUGUCAGGAGGAAUCCCAGUCGGCCAUUUUACCCAUGUGUUUGUGGAUGAGGGGGGUCAGGCAGUGGAGCCUGAGUGCAUCAUUGCUAUUGCAGGUCUGCUGAGCCCUAGCAGCAGUCAGUUGGUGCUGGCAGGAGAUCCUAAGCAGCUGGGACCAAUCCUUCGAUCUUCUCUGGCACUGCAGUCGGGACUCGGGCUUUCUUUGUUGGAGAGACUGAUGAAAGAUAAUCCUUUGUAUCAGAAAAGUAAAGACUCCGGCCACUUUGACACUCGCUUCGUCACUAAACUGCUGCGGAACUACAGGUCUCAUCCUGCCAUUCUGAAAGUCCCCAACGAGCUGUUUUAUGAGAACGAGCUGCAAGUGUUUGCUGACCAGUGGGAUCGCGAAGUCUACUGCAACUGGGAACACCUCCCCAAAAAAGGCUUCCCAAUAAUCUUCCAUGGUGUGAUGGGGAAAGAUGAGAGAGAGGCCAACAGUCCGUCUUUCUUUAACGUGUCUGAGAUCGAAGUUCUAGUCGACUACCUCAUCAAGCUUAAGGAAACACAAGGAAAGAAGGGGCUCCCCAAACUGUCUCCCAAAGACAUUGGCAUCAUCGCCCCCUACAGGAAACAGGUUGAAAAAGUCCUAAAGGCCCUGAAGUCUGUCCCAGCACUGAGAAAAUGGAGCGAUCUCCAUGAACUGAAGGUGGGGUCUGUGGAGGAGUUCCAGGGACAAGAGAGGAAGAUCAUCAUUGUUUCUACAGUUCGCAGCAGCAUCAACUAUGUUAAGAUGGACCAUGACUUUAACCUUGGCUUCUUAUCAAAUGAAAAGAGGUUCAACGUGGCCAUGACGCGCGCCCGGUCGCUGCUGAUAGUCGUGGGUAACCCUGUGAUGCUCAACAAGGACCCCACCUGGAAGAAGUUCAUCAGCUACUGCGUGAAGGAGAAAGGAUACACUGGAUUUGACUUUGAGGAUGCAGAAGGUGAAGACGACGUUGUGGCGCGUCUGGCAACACUGAAAAUCAACGUGGAAUCUGAAAGUCUGGUGGCAGAAGAGAGCUCCCUGCAACAGUACGUGGACCCAGAAUGGAAGAAUGAGCAUUAAUGUCUCCUAUAGAGAAACGUCAACUAGAUUUACAUACAUUAAUGUAAUGUCCUUUUCAUUUAUCAUCUACUGUAUAUAUACUCCAGAUACGUCUGAUCUUUUCUAUUCACUCUUCUACGUGCAUCUUCUGUGUUUUAGUGGCAAACACCAAACGCCUAAUUUUAAGGGGGGGUGACACAAAAAUGAACCAAUUCAUCUUUUCAACAAAGCUGCUUCUUCCACCAAGUUCAAUUUGCACCAACAAUGAUUUUUUACGUUUGUAGGCUUCUUUCUAUAAUUCAUUUCAUUUAAUUUCUAAAGAAAUAAAUUCAUUGUUGAACCACA